AUGUACAUUCCUACUAAUAAGCUUCUUGUGGCAAGUCUUUUCGCUAUUGCCUCUUCUUUUACCGCUUAUGCUGCACCUGUAAAUUCAACAUCCUCAUCUUCUACCCCUUUGACAGCUAUUAAUAGCCAAGACGACUUCUGUCUCUUUUUACCCCCUCAACCAGGACUUGUGGUUGCUGUAAACGAAGAUAAUGGCAUCCCGUUCUGUACAAAGCCAGACACUGUGCCAAACGCAACAGAAUUCCCUGAAGGAUUCAUCACAACUGCUCACUAUUUAAGGAACAGCAGCUAUGUUCAGGUCACUGGUUUCUUUGAUAGAACCAAGUACGAUUUGGGUGAAACUGAUGGUGGAGGACAAUAUGAUAACCAUGCCAAGGGCAAGCCUGUAGGAGCACACUGUCAAGACUAUAAAUACUUUGUCAGUAUGAUUGAACCUGAUAUCAACAGAUUCUGCAUCCGUUGUUGUCAAGACGAGGCUGACUGUAACACUGGUAGAUCAGGCUACGGUUGUCUUCGUAUCAUUGAUGGUGAUUAUGACAAUGAUAACAACUAUAUCAAUAAUAGCAGCAGCACAGAAGCAACAUCUCAUUUGAACUCUGACAUGAACAGCGUUUUAUUUGAUCUGGAAGCCCUUCCCCAGAACAACGCUGCUGAUGUUGCAACUACUACUGCCACCACUACUGCCACAAAUGCUAACGAUGCUAUUCUCGCUGAAGUUGAAAAACUCUCUGGCGCCACUUCUGCUGAGGAAGUCCAGACCCAAUGGACCUCUUUCACCUCCAAUUUGGUUACUGAAUAUCCUGAAGUCUCUCAACAAAUCACUCAACUGAAUAGCAUUGUCUCUGAUUUGACUACUUUGGAACAAUGGAAUGCUUUCUUCGAUCUUGUCAAGGAAAAGAUUAUCCAACUUCAAGCCACUGCUUCCGCUGAUUCUCCCUCAUCCACUACUCACACUAAUAGCAAAGAGGAUUUGGAAUGGCUAUUUGCCCAUCGCAAUAGCCAUGAUAACCAGGCAACAUGGUAG